UUAAAACUGUCUAAAUGAUGAAAAGCAAUCGACAAAAGGAAGCUUGGUCGCUCUGUAAUGCGACAUGUAAACACAGCUUUUAUUGUCCGACUGUGUUUUUCAACGUCAGACAGUGUUAGUAAAAUGAGAUACGUCGGUUUAUACUUGUUUUAGUUCGUUGGAUAAGUUUAUCGAAAAUCAGAAGUUUUUAAACGCAUUAUUAAAAAAAAAGAGAUAUGGGUAAAGAAAGUUGUAAAAGAAAAAAUGAAACAUAAAGAUGAAUGCUUUAUUGAUCAUUUCAUUUCUCGCUGUUGCUGUAUACUUCAAAGCUGAGUGUGCAGAACAAAACAUCAUUGGCAAAGCAGAGAAAGGAAACAAUGUAACAAUAUACUGGUCACUUAAUGUGACGAAGAGAACCUAUACAAAAGCGACAUUACGUUUUGAUAAUAUCGUAGUUAGUACAUGCAACGCUGCUGGUGGCAAUGGAUUUACUUGCGUAACGCCAAAAAAUGAUAAGUACGAAGCAAGUUUCAACAAAACCGAUAAACAAAUCACUUUAACGAUCUUAAAUCUAACGUAUUCGGACAGUGGUGAUUAUCUUGUUGCGUUGGAUUAUAAACAUGGUAAACAAACGCGACCAGAACGACUUACCAACACAACUAUACAGGUACGAGGCCCGCCGCAAAUAUGCGACAGUAACUUUAUGACAUCAUACGAAUUUCCGCAGCAUUAUCAACCCAUAGUUAACAUAACUAUAUGUGGAUACCCAACACCCAGAUUUUCUUGGGCGUUUGGUCAGAACACUAAGCCGGAUAUUUCUAUUAGAAGUAUAAAAGCUCACAAACACGUGUUCUCAGCAGUUUUAUCCAAUCUUACCUCUUCGAUGUGUGGUAGCAAGUUGACGUUCAAAGCUUCAAACAAAUUUGGGAAAAUGUCAACAUCAGCUGUCAUCAAUGUGUCAUUCUCACCAUCGAAAGUGAAAGAUUUCUCCUUCGCCAUAAAAGACAACUGCCAGAUAUUUCAAUGGAGUACUUUAAAUAGCGGUCGAUGUGGUGUAUUUUACGAAAUUCAAAUUUUAGACAAUAAAAAACGAAUUCUUAGUCAGUCCACGACACAGCCAUUCGCAAACUUUUUAUCAUUUUGUUAUGCAGAAUACACGCAUAACAAUGUAAGUUCUGGGAUUCGUGCAAUUUAUGACAAUAAAUAUGGUAACUGGAGCAGUGUAAAACCAAUAAAAGAAUAUCCAGAAACAGAAUCUAAAAAAACAGCUUUAAUAGUUGGUCUGGUUUGUGGGUCGUGCAUAUUGUUUCUUCUUUUGAUGUUGCUGUUAUGCUAUGUCAAAAGAGAAAGGGGUAAAAAUGGAAGCGAGGUGUGGAAACCCAAAAAAGCACAAGCAAUCGACAAAACACAAUUUGUUGACGUUUCCUUACUCAACAUGAAAUCGAAUCCAUCCGAAGAGUACACAGAUCUUUCCGACCACAAUAAACAAACAUACGCUGAACUACAGGGGAACCAGAGUUUGUAUGAAAACAUGGAGGGUACGGCGACAAGACCCCUGGUCAACGAAUACGAAGUACCAAAUUGUGAAGGUAACGAGGCUAACCUGUAAAUGGAAAACGAUGGUACGAAAUUAAAUUAGCUCAAAAAAAUCAAAAUGAUACAUGCUGGUGUCAGAUUUUCGCUCCUGUACAAAACAGAAUCUGGAGUGAUUAAGACAUUCAUUCGACAUAGGAACAUUAUACCAACCAAUCAAGUUAGAAAAAAUACUCGAAAAAUCUAGCUUCAGUUACUCUAGUAGCUAACUAGAAUCUAUUCAAAUUGAUUUUGUAAAUUUUCCUAAAGGAGAGAGUGAAUCUAACAAUGUCGUUCAUCAA